AACUUUAUUUAGAGUGGUGUAGGAAUUUUAACACGAGUGAUAGUUCUGACUUAAGUUCAUUAUCAGUAUCAUCACCGUCAGUUUCAGACUGCAGUGCAAUGUUAUCAAAAUGCAGCGUGCAGCCCGUCUGAAGAAGGAGCUGGCAAUGCUGGCAGUGUCACCACCAGCUGGGGUCUGCUGCGCUGCUGAAGGGGAUGACAUCACUCGGCUGAAGGCUACCAUCACUGGACCUGAGGGCUCGCCUUUUGAGCAGGGCACCUUUCAGCUGGACGUGGUGGUUCCAGAAAGGUACCCGUUUGAGCCGCCCCAGGUGACGUUCUCCACGCCGGUGUACCACCCAAACGUGGACCCGUCGGGACGCAUCUGCCUGGGCGCGCUGAAGAUGCCACCGACGGGCGACUGGAGGCCCAGCCUGCAGCUGGCCACGCUGCUGCUGUCCGUCAGGGUGCUGCUGGCCGAGCCUAACCCUGACGACCCGCUCAUGCCCGAUAUUGCUGAGCAGUACCGGUGCCGGCGCCAGGAGUACGAGCACACGGCGGCGGAGAUGACGGCCAAGCACGCUGUUCCGCAGUCUGUGCUGAGUCCGAUCGAGAACCGGUCCACCUCUCCGCCCGGCCAGCCAGCGGUGUCCGGUAAGCAGGCACGAGCACAGAGCAGGGACGGCUCAGAGUCACCGACCAUCGCCCCCAAACGGGCCCGACCCUCCCUGUCCCCCACCACCUCCUCGACAUAGCCUCGACGCGGGUCGACGGUCACCACCCGGCCCUCCAUAUCCCCCGCCACCUCCCAAACAUAGCCUCGACCCGGGUCACCAGUCACCGCCCGGUUCAGGACGGGGUCAGGGAGUACUCUCCCGGGGCACCCCCGGGCUGUCAGUCAGCUGUCAGGUGAAUCCCUGUCAGUGUCAUGACAGCUGGUUGUCCCGUGGUGGCCGACCGCUGUGCUGGUGGAGAACUCACUCCGCCCUUGUAAAUGUUGACGCUACAGAGGUGUGCUUUUCACGUAUAACGGGUCGUCUUCGUCAUUUGUGCCAUAGUUGCAAACCAGUCGAGAUGUCCGAAGAAGGGCAUGAAGCGAUUCUGUUGCGAUGAGCGUAUGUUCAGAUAGUGUGCUAUCGGUGGAAUGGUGCUUCCGUGAAUGUGAUAGGCGAUAGAUCUAUGCGGCCGAUGGAUCAGUCGCUAGCGUGGCUCAGAAAUUUAAUAGAUCUACUUUAAGAACGCAGUAUUUGUACGAUUCUUUUAUAAAUAAACAUUAAUAUCACGAAA